UUUCUGCAAAAUUUAUGCGAAUAUGAACGUCAGAAAGGCGCUCGGCGAGCCCAACAAGUCGAGACGUGUUGUCCCACAGAGCUUCGCCGCGGGCGGGAGCAGCGCGCGAUGUGCGGCGGCGCGGGGCGGUGCGGCGCUUGAAGACCGAGGCUCCUGCAAGACGUCACAGCGUCCCUUGCGCGAGGGCGUGUGCGCGAGGAAUGCGAGUAAGAUGGCUGCUCGGAGUCAAAGUGAUCUUAUAUGGAGAAAAAGCGUCCGUCUGCAUGCGAGCCAAAUCAUCUAGGCGAGACGACGAAGGAUGGUAUUAUCCACCUGCGGUUGGUCAGCCUUGUAAUGUCGCGUGUUUUAUGACGAGAACCUGCCGAACGCCUUAGCGCGAAAAUGAGUGUUGUGGCAUGAAAAAUCAGUGUCUCUCACCAUCUGGGGAAAAUAAUAAAAAUAAAAAAGCCCGCAGCUCUGCCAGUGCCGUGGAUCCCAAAGCUGGGCAUGGAGUGGUGUCGGCUGCAAACUGGAUGACAGGGACUACCCGGAGAGCUGACGAGUGGCCGCUGUGUGUGGGACACCUGACUGACUGUGCUGGCAGGAUUGUGAGCUGCUGACAGCGAGACAGCAGGAGGGCUUCAACCGUUUGCUUCCAGUUUCCUGCCUGAGAGCACCGCUACCGCCUGUCAACACCUUUCUUGGGUUCCUCCUCCCUUUCCACCCCUCCCCCAUCCUUUCCUCCCCUUUCCCUCUUCCCCCACUUCUUGCCAUUCCCACUGUCCCCUGGUUUUAUCCCUUCCUUGUGCCAGUAUUUGUAGCCUCUGACCCUUGACAUUGCACCCAUCUGGACCAUGAGCUGGCUCAGUCGAUUGAAUCCCCGGGGUUCGGGAGGCAGGAGUGGUCGUAACACGGUGGCCCCACCCCCUUUGAUGGCUGACCCCGAGACGUGCCUAAUGGUGUUUGAGAACCACUGGAGGCAGGUGUCGUGGGUGCUGGAGCAGCGUGGUGACUCGGGCUCAGCCGCAGGGGAUGAUCUGACCGCUGUUCGGAACCACACGGACCAGAUGCUGUGCCUUCUCGCAGAGGAGCGCCCGGGUGAGGAUGAGAAGGGGUCCGGCCCUGUUAUGGGCCCCAUCCUAGAACUGGUGACCACACAGAACAUCUUGGAGCGGCUGGUACAGUGGCACCUGCGACGAGGGCUUGACCCUGAUAGCCAAGGGGCACUGCUCAAGCUGUUUGAGAUGCUGAUCGGCCGCUCCCAGCAGUCCCUACUUCAGCAUAAGGCAGUGCUGCAGCCACUGCUGAGCUUGCUGGGGGCCUGUGCAGAUCCCUCCACAGGCUGCCCCCCUGCGUUGGAGCCCAGUCUGGUGCUGCUGCUCAACCAGGUGUGUGUAUGUAUGGCACAGCAGCCAGCAGUGCUGGAACUGCUAUUCCAGGCUGCCCAGCCCCAAGGCCCCACCAAUCUGCUUAUCUUCUCUCUGCUGGUGCCGUUCAUACACCGCGACGGCCCCCUGGGCCAGCAAGCCCGUGAUGCACUUCUGCUCGUCAUGGCAACCUCUGCCAGCAAUGAUGGUGUAGCACGCUAUAUCACAGAGAACUCCUACUUCUGCCCGGUGCUAGCCACGGGUCUGAGUGCACUGUACUCAUCACUGCCGCGGAAGAUUGAGGUGCGGGGAGACGACUGGCACGCACUGCGGCCUGAGGACUGGGUGGGCGUGUCCUCUCUGGUGCUCUUCAUGAACUCCCUGGAGUUCUGCAAUGCCGUGGUACAAGUGGCCCAUCCACUGGUGCGCAGCCAGCUGCUGGACUAUGUGCACAAUGGCUUUCUGGUGCCAGUGAUGGGCCCAGCCCUGCACAAGUCAUCUGUCGAGGAGAUGAUCGCCAGCACAGCCUACCUAGACCUGUUCCUCCGCAGCAUCACAGAAACUGCCUUGCUUAAGACCUUCCUGCGUUUCGUGUUGCUGCAUCGCCAUGAUAAUGACACCAUUCUGGACACAUUGCUCACUCGCAUUAGCAGCAAUUCGAGGCUGUGCAUGGUGUCCCUAGGCCUGUUUCGGACUCUGCUUUCCCUCAACUGUGAAGACCUCAUGCUGCAGCUUGUUCUCAGGUACUUGCUCCCUUGCACCCACGUCAUGCUGAGUCAGAGGCGAGCUGUCAGGGAAACCGACCUCUAUGGCAAGUCAGCUGAAAAGUUCCUCUCCCUCAUCCCGGAGUGUUGCCACAUUGACACAGCGCCAUCAGGGGACCGGGAGGAUGACUCUACAUUCUGGGAGAAAGGUCCCGGGAGCCCCAGCACGGAAUCCCCUCUACACCCCAAACCCAGCACACCAUCACGUCUGGCACUCUUCAUUCGGCAGCAGAGCAGUGGAGGGGGCACGUCCUCUUCGUCUGCUUCCGAGGCAGCUCCCUUGUCUCCCCGUGGGGGCCCAAGUACGCCCCUGUCCCCAGAGAGCCCUGCACACCAUGUGGGGGAGGGGCGAGACUGGGAGUCUAGCUACCUGGAAUACUUGCGAGAUGCACGGCGGGGCAUUGAGCUAUGUGCCUGGGCUUGUCGGGACUGGUCUGCUCCAUAUGAUGGAGAGGACCCUUCACCACAUAAUGCCCCCUGCCCGCCACCACCACCACCUUCUCAGAGCAGUGCCCCUGUCCCUGUCCAGCACAGGGCAGGCAUAGCCCGAGCAGAAUGGGGCAGCUCGGAGAGGGACAGCGGCGAGUGGGAUGUAACUAUCAGCAAGAACUGCAUCAGCCUCACUCCCCGCACCAAGAAGCGUAGCCUGCAGCGAGAGGAACUUCCCACCCCCAUGCCCCCACCCCCUCCCUGUCCUCGCCCCCCUUCUUCAACCAGCAUCCAGCCACUCCCCUGCCCUGGUCCUCAGGGGCUGCAGCAGAUCCUGUACAAUGGGGCAGGUCAGGAAGGAGGAAUGGAGGUGAAGAAGGUUAGGAGAGACUCAAAUGAAGCUGUGUUUGCUGCAGAUGGGGUGGGCAUCUAUUGCUCUGAGGUCCAUCCACCUGGCCAUGCAGAGAUGGUGGCAUCAGUGGGAGAGAUUCAGAAAAGAACUUUGUCACAGGGUUGUAACCCCCCACCAGCACCGCCAUUAGAUGUGCGGGGACUGAAUUCGAAUCAAGGCCGGGAACCACCUGAUGUCUCGGGUCCUCUUGAACAGAGGCUGGAGUCGGUGGAAAGCCUGAUUGAUGAGCUGCUGGAGCGUGCCCCGGCUGCGGCUCAGGCUGAGGAGACUGGAGGUCAAGGCAUCAGCAUUGAGGCCUUCCAUCAGGAGCUGCGUGAACUGGAGGCCAGGGUGCGGGACCGCCAGGGAGAACUCCCUCGAGACCCACCCGAUCCUCCUGCUCGGCCACCUUCCCCUACUGAGGCAGAGCUUGAUAUGACUGAGCCCAAGGCUGAGAGCUCGAGUCAGGCAACGUUCAGCUCUCACCGCCUCAUCGGCCAGCCCCUCCCACAGCCAUACACAGGACCCUUCAUUGCGGUGCUGUUUGCAAAGCUGGAGAACAUGCUGCAGAACUCGCUGUACGUAAACAUUCUGCUGACAGGCAUCCUGGCCCAACUGGCCUACUACCCCCAGCCACUGCUGAGAUCCUUCCUCCUCAACACCAACAUGGUCUUCCAACCAAGUGUGAAGUCGCUCAUCCAGGUUCUGGGGACUGUGAAGAACCGCAUUGAAGCAUUUGCAUCCAACCAAGAGGACUUCCCAGGAAUGUUGAGAAAGGCUCGACGAUACCUGGUUGCUCGGGGGAAGCUAGACUGGAGCGACUCGCCCAUGAGUGUACCCAGCCUGCGCCGUUCUGACUCCCUCGUCAAGAGCCGCAAGCCAUCACUAGGUGACCUCAUCCUCCGCCACACCAACAGCCCCACUAGGGCACGGCAGGCUGCCCAGCUUGCUCUGGCCCAUGUGCGUGAUGGCGGCCAAUCGCUGCACAGCGCGCUUUUCCGGGGCGGAGCAGGCACAAGCACGGGUAUUGAGAAGCAGGCCGAGGCACUGCGUGUGAAGAAUGCCGUGUACUGUGCCGUCAUCUUCCCAGAAUUCCUCAAGGAGCUGGCUGCUAUUGCACAGGAACAUGCAGUCGCCAUGCCCUUUCCCCGCAGCCAGGGGGCAGAAGAGUGAGACAGGUGCUGCCGUGGUGCUCCAUGAGAAGAGCAGCAUGGAGCGCUGAGAAAAGUCUCUGCCUCGGAGGAGAGACUGGUGGUAGUAUGCGUUAUGUGGAGUGGGUAAACUACAAUUUGGGGAAAUUCUGCAUAUCGUGUAAAUAUUUGUGUGUCCAUAGUACACACUGGAGCUUAGUAGAUACAGAGUUAGGGAAACAGUCCUGUAUAUUCACCUAUCAUUGUCAAAGUAGGAUAAUGAUUUUGUGAAGCCACAUCCUAGGCUUAAGCAAGGCAGCAUUGUGUAAUUUGCUUAGAUGUCUACGCACACACUCUCCACACAAGCCAGGCCUUCAGUGCCUCAGUCAAAGGUCCAGCCCACUCCAGUUGGCCUUUUUGACCAUACCUGAGGGUUCUCUCAUGUCCUGUGAGGAAUACAGUUCUCAGGCAGACCGGUGUUGAGGUGGGUCUUUUUGGGUUCCGAUUUAAGGGAAUCUGCCGAACAACUCUUAAGAGAGAGGAUGAAUGUAAUAACAUGGCAGACCACGUGGUUAGGACGAGGGCCGAAACACUCGGAUGGCUGUAAACUGGCAGUUAGUGUUCACGUAGGGAGGAUUUACCUCCCCCAUCAUCUCGACCUCACGCUGACUGUCUGGUCCUUAGGACUGGGACUGGAAAAUGUGUUUAGUAUUGUUGGCUUUUUAACCUGUUUUUAGGUCUCGCUUGUGUUUUUACCAUUUUAGUGAGAAAUUUUAAUACAUAUCAACACCAAGGAAGAUAAACUGGGUGCAGGAAUCUGAGUCUUCCCAGUUUGUUAGCUAGUGGUGUCAGACAACCAGCUACCUGAUGCUGCUUGCCCUGGAGAGCAUGUCUGAUGGGCGGCGUGAAGGACACCGCAGCCCUGGCUUUUGUCUGCCUCCCGGCCUGUGCUGCUGUUUAGUUCCAAUGACUCAUUUUACACAGAUAAAGGAGACGGACAUUGUUGCCGGUUAAGGAUUUAGUAUCUGUUUCUUUCUUUGCCUUUGACUUUCUGUUAAAGGUGACUUAGAAUUGCUUGCAUCACAUUGCACAUUUUUGUUGUAAAUUGCACCCUCCUGGUUGCAGUCUGUUUUUGAGGACAGCUGGCUAUAUGGACUUGAUGUUGCUGAGGGGUUAUGGAUUCCCCAUUGAUAUUUUUCCUUCUUUCUAGUCGUCUUUAAAUUCUGUCCAGUGCCACUGAAGUCCAACUCGGUGACUUUCUCAAUUUUGAGCUGCAGCCAUUGUCGUUGUCCCACUUACAGGUACUGACUGUCAAUCAGAAACUCUUAAGUGCUCACUGAGAAAGUAUCUAAUGAAAACAGCUAGUGAACGUGUGCUUUAAAGUGACCUGUCAUGCCAUUACUGUAACUGUGUUGUGCCUGAAGAGAAAGCUACCCCUUCCCCCCACACAAGGUUUUUUUUCUUUUUCUUUUUAGACCUGCUAGACUGGGAACAGGUACCCUCUCCAGGCUUGUUUCAUGGGUAGUCUGCAGCUCAGUCUGUGCUGAGCUCUUACACAAGUCACCAAAAAGGACGCUGGGGUUGUUUUUCUGUCCCUGUGUGUCAUUAUUUCCCCCUUUUUUGCACACCUGAGCAGUGUUAUGAUGUGCCAAGACACUUCAGUGCUCAUUUUUGCUGAACACAUUUGCACUACAUCGUCAUAUAACUGCUCUACAGCGUUAGGUUGUUGAACAAUUUUUUUUUGUUGCCGUUUUGACCCUGCUCCUUCAUUUUUUAAUAUUUACUGUACCUCUCAGCCAAAAUGUUUGAACAGACAGUUAAUCAGACACCCAGCAGCUCAUCAUUAUCAUUUUGUUUUUUCUUUAUUAUUAAUUAGGCAUUUUUAGAUAAUGAUUUUUCUUGUGCUGUCUUAUAAAGUUAAACAUUUUCGCUACUGGUCCUUCCUUCAGUUGUACAUAAUGUUAAGGUUCCAACUGAAAAUGUCCGUCACCCAUCUGGGUGACACCUCAAGAGUUUUGAUUGGACGCCUUGGAUGAAUUACUGAAGGAUGCGAGUCUAUAGAGUACAUGGAUCCAGUGGCUAAGUAAAAACAAAUGAUGAUCAUGGCUAGGAACAGGAAAUGGUCUUUGUGUGUCCAAAACCAACAUAGAACUGAUUACUAAGUUGUUUUUUUUUUUUUAGACUUGAUUUUCAUUUGUUCACAUUUUAAGGAUGAUUUUUUUUUUUUUUUUUUGUGUCAGAUUGUUGUAUGUGCCAGAUUGUUAAAUGAUUUUUGUAAUCAUGUUUAAAUUAACGUAGUUGUAUGACUCAUUUUGGUGGUGUGCCCCCAUCGCAUACACCAUGAAACACUGCCAUCGGUUACAGCAGUCCCCUGCACCUGUUGAGCCCCAGGAGUUGUUGGUUAUCCAGUGGAGAUGAGAAAAAGAUGUCUGACUUUGUAUGGGUUUACAGUAGGUGUUCUUUGGAGUUAUUCUGCUGGGAUUGGGGGGUAUGGGGGUGUUCGUGUGCUGAAGGUUUUAGAAACAAGUAAACAAGUACACAGACAUGCAGUAAAUAACACACUUCUGUAGCUGCUCUCCCCACUUGUACGAACAUGCAUAUGUGAAUUACAGUAUAUUCAAAUGACAUUUCUGGGGAAGAUUGUUUGCUGUGAGUACUUCAGUGAGGAAUGAACCAGUGAGCAAGGGAAAUGUAAAGGUGUGUGUGUGUGUGUGUGUGUGUGUGUGUGUGUGUGUGUGUG